GUUACUUAAACAACAUGAAUGAUGUUUAAGUUGGAUGAACUGUUGAUCAAAUCACAGAAGGGCGUUAAAAAGUUUUUACAAGUAUUGUGUGUUUCAUCUGUUCGUUUAGAAUGUUUUAUUUAAAACAAAACAGAAGCAAUCUUUCCAAAUGACAAGGCAAGAAUCACUGACAAACUAUGAAAAUAGUAUGAACAUUUUUAUUAAAAUAUAAUUUUUAAGGUUAGGUUAAACUAAUUAGAGACUUUUUAUGUGUAAUAAAGAUAUCUGGGCUGCAAAUAUAAUGAAAAACUAUUAUAGAAGAUAUGAAUAUGCCUGAGGACGAAUUUGUAGAGAAAACAUUUAUAUAUAAAUUUCCAACAUGUACUACAAAUCAAGAAUAUGUAUUGGAAGUACCAUUAAAGAUACCAUAUGGUGGAAAUGUGAAAGAACUUAUGUACCGUAUAAUGUCAUCUUUUAAGUUACCAUGCUAUGUAGAAUCAGAUCUAUUGCAAUCAUUGGAGCAUGCUAUUAAAACACUAACAUUAGAAUUUUAUGAUGAGAAAGCAGAAAAAGCUCUUGAAGAUACAAUAUCAGGAAAUCUGGAUAUUGAAGAUAUUAUAAAAAAUUGGGAAAAAACCUACAAGCAAAAGACAGCAGAAUAUGCUGAUCCUAUUGGAACAACAGAUGAAGAAUUAUUUGCUGCUGCAUAUCACAAAUUGGUACAUUCUCCAUCACUGGAACCCAUUCUUCAAGCAGAACAUAAAUUUGGAAGAGAUGUAACUGAAGUUAUUCAAAUGAGAGAUUCUCACUAUGAGCAACUUACUCAAAACAAAAUGCAUUGCAGGCAAACUGAGGAAAUGCGAGUUGCUGUAGAAUCUCUUGAGGCUGGUUCUACAGAAAAAUCUAUAAACGAAAUGGCGGGACGACAUUUUGAGGAACAAAGUUUAUUACAAGGUCACUGGGGAUCAAGAGUCGACGCAUUGAAAUUAGAUCAAAGGCGACAAUAUCGUAACUGGAUCAUGAGGUUACUCGAAGAACAACAGACCAAUAUGUUACCAACUCCAGUGGGUUCACCAAUAUUAUCGAUGCCACCGAUACGACCGGCAUUAGACAAUUUUGUUCAUAGCGAAGAGAAGAAUACGGCCGAAUAUCCUAUUUUGGAGGAAAGUUUUACCAUACAUUUGGGUUCUCAGAUGAAACAGAUGCACAAUAUACGUAUACUCACUGGCGAUGUUUUAGACUUUUGUAGAACAAAAAAGAGCGACUCUGGAAUGGAUCCAACGCCUCAAAGACUACAGACUGCUCUAGGAUUAUAUUCUAAUGAUUUGUGUGGAUUAGUACUGCUAAGUGACAAUCAUUUAGGAAGUUACUCGGGAAUAACGAAAGAGUUAUGUUCAAUAUGUCAAUUAACGACAGAGUUUCAUUUCCCGCCCAUCGAUGAACAAUUGGAGAAAAUUCGAGAAGAUGUGAAGGAUGCUGUUGCCUGGAGGCAAGCACAUCAAAGAGAAGGAAACGAUUCACAAACAAAAAGGUCAACGGGUAGUAAAAGUUUGCAAACAGGCGAUGUUUAUAUUACGAGGCAUUCAAAUUUAGCGCAAGUGCAUGUAAUUUUCCAUAUGGUUGUAAACGAUUCGUUGCGAUCUGGCGAUAUUAAUUCGAGGCACUCGGUCAUUUUAGGAUUGCGAAACAUUUUGAAAACUGCUUGUUGCAACGAUGUAACAACGCUAACAAUUCCUAUACUUCUCGUUCAUGAAAUGUCCGAGGAUAUGACUGUUGCAUGGUGUACAAAACGGGCAGAACUAGUUUUCAAAUGCGUUAAAGGAUUCAUGAUAGAAAUGGCAUCUUGGGGUGGCGCUGAGUUAAAGAAUCUACAAUUUCUAGUACCAAAGGGAAUGUCAGAAGAAGUAUUUGGUACCCUAGCCACAAUGUUACCGAGCAUAUUCCGAGUAUCAAAUCCAUUGGUAUUUAAAGCGACAAGCACGCCUCAAACUCCGAAAAAGUGAACGACUCUCUUGCCAUUGUUAUCGUAUACGCGUUAAAAAUAUUGAAAUAUUUGUUAUUAUAGUAUAUCACAUGUCUUGACGGCAAUAAUUCGUUCUUAGCAUGAACACGAUAUCGUUGAAUAAAUGCCUGACUCUUAA